AUGUUGCAGGUGUUCCCGGAAGGGAAGCCCAACCCGUUUCAGAAUGCGAACCUCUGCUCACGCCUGGUAUUCUGGUGGAUAAAUCCCUUGUUUAAAAUUGGUUACAAACGGAGAUUAGAAGAAGAUGACAUGUACUCGGUGCUUCCGGGAGAUCGCUCCCAGCACCUUGGAGAAGAGCUGCAAGGGUACUGGGAUCAAGAAGUUUUGAGAGCUAAUGAAGACACAUGGGAGCCUUCUUUAAUGAAAGCAAUCAUAAAGUGUUACUGGAAAUCCUAUUUGCCUUUUGCGAUUUUUACGCUUUUUGAGGAAAUCUUCAGAGUACUAUUACCAACAUAUUUUGAGGAUUUACUUACUUACUUUCAAAACUAUGAUCCCUCUGAUUCUGGGGCUUUGUUCAAAGCCUAUGGCUACACUGUUGUACUGAAUGUCAGCUUUUUAAUUUGGAACAUUCUGCACCACUUUUUCUUCUAUUACACUCAGCGUAUAGGAAUGAGAUUAAGAGUAGCUGUGUGCCAUAUGAUUUACCGCAAGACCCUUCGCCUGAGUAACUCGGACAUGGGGAAGACCACCACAGGCCAGAUAGUCAACCUGCUGUCCAACGAUGUGAACAGGUUUGACAGGGUAACGAUGUUCUUGCAUUUCCUGUGGACUGGGCCACUUAUGGCUAUCACAGUGAUUAUCCUGCUCUGGAUGGAAAUAGGAAUAUCAUGUCUUGCUGGGAUGGCACUCCUUAUUAUUUUGACGCUUUUGCAAAGCUUCUCUGGGAAGUUGUUUUUAUCACUCCGGAGUAAGACUGCAGCUCUCACAGAUGACAGGCUCAGGACCAUGAAUGAAGUUAUAAUUGGCAUCAGAACAAUAAAAAUGUAUGCUUGGGAAAAGUCAUUUGCAGAGCUUAUUACCAGAUUGAGAAGGAAGGAAAUUUCCAAGAUUCUGAGAAGUUCCUACCUUGAUGGAAUGAAUUUGAUAUUCUUUGACACUGCAAGCAAAGUCAUUCUUUUCGUCACCUUUACCACCUAUGUGCUUCUUGGCAACAUGAUCACAGUUAGCCAAGUGUUUUUGGCCAUAACACUGUACCAAGUUGUGCAGUUUACAGGCAUCCUCUUCUUCCCCAUAGCCAUCGAGAACGUAGCAGAAACAGUCGCCAGUGUCCGAAGAAUCAAGAACUUUCUGUUACUUGAUGAGCUACCACAGUGUGAUCAUCAGCUGCCAUCAGAUGGUAAAACAGUUGUGAAUGUGCAAGAUUUCACUGGUUUUUGGGAUAAGGAAUCAAGAACCCCAACCCUACAAGGCCUUUCCUUUACUGUCAGACCUGGUGAACUGUUAGCUGUGAUCGGACCUGUGGGAGCAGGAAAGUCCUCACUGUUAGGCGCUCUGCUGGGGGAGCUGCCCCCGAGCCAGGGGAAGGUCAGCGUGCACGGGAGGAUCGCGUAUGUUUCUCAGCAGCCCUGGGUGCUCUCCGGAACUGUGAGAAGUAACAUUUUAUUUGGGAAGAAGUAUGAAAAGAAACGAUAUAUAAAAGUAAUAAAGGCUUGCGCUUUGGAAAAGGAUUUACAAUUUCUGGAAAAUGGAGAUCUAACUGUCAUAGGAGACCGAGGAACCACACUGAGUGGAGGGCAGAAAGCCCGGGUCAACCUUGCAAGAGCUGUGUAUCAGGAUGCAGACAUCUACCUCCUGGAUGAUCCGCUCAGUGCAGUGGACACAGAAGUCAGCAAGCACUUGUUUGAACAGUGUAUUUGCCAAGGCUUGCAUGAGAAGAUCACAAUCUUAGUGACUCAUCAGUGGCAGUACCUAAAAGAUGCAAGUCAGAUUCUGUUAUUGGAAAAGGGUGAAAUGGUGCAAAAAGGGACUUAUGCUGAAUUACUGAAAUCCGGGGUAGAUUUUGCUUCCCUUUUAAAAAAGGAGAAUGAGGAGGCCGAACCAUCUCCAGUUCCUGAAUCUCCUACUAUGAGAACUCAGACCUCCUCCGAGUCUUCAGUUCAGUCUCAACAGUCUUCCGCACCCUUGUUGAAAGAUGCAGCUGCAGAAGACCAAGAUACUGAGAAUAUACAGGAUACACUAUCUGAGGAGAGACGUUUAGAAGGAAAAGUUGGUUUUAAGACCUACAAGAAUUACUUCAGAGCUGGUGCUCACUGGUCUGUCAUCAUUUUCCUUAUUCUAGUAAACAUAGCAGCUCAGGCUGCCUACAUCCUGCAGGAUUGGUGGAUUUUAAACUGGACAAAUGAGCAGAGUACUCUGAAUAUCAUGGCAUAUGAAAAAGGAAAUAUAACAGAGAUGAUUGAUCUGGACUGGUACUUAGGAAUUUUUUCAGGUUUAACUGGAUCUAGUCUCCUUCUUGGUGUCACAAGAUCUCUCUUGGCAUUGUACAUCCUUGUUAAUUCUUCACAAACUUUGCACAACAAAAUGUUGAAGUCCAUUUUGAGAGCUCUGGUAUUGUUCUUUGAUAGAAAUCCAGUGGGAAGAAUUUUAAACCGUUUCUCCAAAGACAUUGGACAUAUGGAUGACUCGCUGCCCUCAUCAUUUCAAGUUUUCUUUCAGACAUUUCUACAAGUGAUUGGUGUGGUGGUUGUGGUGGUGAUGGUGAUUCCUUGGAUUGCUAUACCUGUGAUUCCCCUUGGCAUCAUUUUCUUUUUUCUUCGGCGGUAUUUCUUAGAGACAUCACGAGAUGUGAAACGCCUGGAAUGUUCAACACAGAGCCCAGUGUUUUCCCACUUAGCAUCUUCUCUCCAAGGACUCUGGACCAUCCGGGCGUACAAAGCUGAGCAGAGGUUUCAGGAACUGUUCGACUCACACCAGGACUUGCAUUCAGAGGCCUGGUUCUUGCUUUUGACUGUAUCCCGAUGGUUCUCUUUGCGUCUGGAUAUCAUCUAUGUUAUCUUCAUCAGUCUUAUUGACUUUGGGUCCCUGCUUCUUGCACAAACUUUGAAUGUUGGGCAGGUUGGCCUGAUACUGUCCUAUGCCCUUAACGUCAUGAUGGUGUUCCCAUGGUGCAUCAGGCUAAGUGUUGAAGUUGAGAAUAUGAUGAUUUCAGUAGAAAGGGUGAUAGAAUAUACAGAGCUUGAGCAAGAAGCACCCUGGGAACUCGAGUUUCGUCCACCACCAGACUGGCCCAACAAUGGAAUGAUUGCCUUGAGCAAUGUGAACUUCAAGUACAGCUCAGAUGGGCCUCUGGUAUUGAAGGACCUGACAACAGACAUUAAACCAGGAGAAAAGGUUGGCAUCGUGGGAAGAACAGGAGCUGGAAAAAGUUCUUUCAUUGCUGCCCUCUUUAGAUUGUCAGAGCCUGAAGGUAGAGUUUGGAUUGAUAAGAUCUUGAUAACCGAAAUUGGACUUCAUGAUUUAAGGAAGAAAAUGUCAAUCAUACCUCAAGACCCUAUUGUGUUCACUGGAACAAUGAGGAAAAAUCUGGAUCCCUUUAAUAAGUAUACAGAUGAGGAACUAUGGAAUGUCUUAGAAGAGGUUCAACUUAAAGAAAUCAUUGAAGAGCUUCCUGAUAAAAUGGAUACUGAAUUAGUAGAAUCUGGAUUGAACUUAAGUGUUGGGCAAAAACAACUGGUGUGCCUUGCCAGGGCUAUUCUCAGGAAGAAUCAGAUAUUGAUUAUUGAUGAAGCCACAGCACAUGUGGAUCCAAGCACUGAUGAGUUAAUACAAAAAAAGAUCCGUGAGAAAUUUGCACAGUGUACUGUGCUAACCAUCGCCCACAGGUUGAGCACCAUUAUUGACAGUGACAGGAUAAUGGUUUUGGAUUCAGGAAGACUGGAAGAAUAUGAUGAGCCAUAUGUUUUGCUGCAAAAUAGAGACGGCCUGUUUUACAAGAUGGUGCAACAACUGGGCAAGGCCAAGGCCACUGCCCUCACUGAAACAGCAAAACAGGUGUACCUCAAAAGGAAUUAUCCAGAUGAUGAUGAUGCUCAGUGACUGUGUGGUUAUGAAUGCUUCCAAUGGACAGACCUUAAUCUUAACAAUUUUUGAGAUAGCAUUGUGAUUCUCCUGUGAAGUCAAGUCUAUUCUGAAGGCAUUUCUCCAAUAGUAUUUGCCUUGCAUAAACGAUAUUGCACUUCUUUAUACCAGCAACAAAUAUUUACACAUACAAGAUGUUAGUUUAUUUGGAUUUAUCUCUCUCCAAUUUCACACAAUGAUUUCAAACUCUUACAAAAUGACAUUAAUUUUUAAAGGUUAUACUAUUUUUUUUUCCUUAUUCAAAUCAGAGAAGCAAGCCACCAAUAAAAGCUGUCUCCCAGGUUUUGUGCCUUGAAAGAGAUCAGAGCUAAAGCUCAUUUUCUAAGUUAUAAAACAAAUUUGUCACAGAUUUUUUUUUUACUGUUCCCAGAAUUACAUAUUACUUUCCAGUUAUAUCAAGGAUUCUGUUUACUUGAAGACUGUGAAGUUGCUGUUUUCUUUGACAACUGCCUUUAAUAUAACUAGGAUCAAUUAUUCCACCCAAAGACCUCUGGUUAAAAUACUACAGAGAAAACUGAUAGGAAAAACAAAAAAUAUACUCUAAGUUAUUAUAGGGGAGAGUUGUGCCCCCCCCAAAAGAAGAUAUGCGAUUAAGAUACAGAAGGACAAUAUUUAAUUUUAUAUCUUAAAAGAGAAGGGAGAGAAAACAUGCUUUCUCAAAAUAGGAACCCUUCGAGGGCAUUUGAUAAUGAAGAACAGACAUGAUCAUUGAUUGUCUUCUAGAUUGGGGAUUUUUUUUACUUUUUUUUUUUUUUUACAGUAUAGAUAACAUAAAAUUUGCCAUAUUACCAUUUUAAAACAUAUAAUUCAGUGGAAUUAAUUGUACCCACAAUAUUGUACAACAAUCAACAUCUACUUAAUUUUUGUUAAUUAUUUUAGUACUUUUCAGUGUGUUAUAUCUACAGAGU